GAUUUCACAGAUAGUGACAGAAUUUUCCCGGGAUAUUUGGGAAUUAGGCCUGUCUGAGAGCAUCCUGAGGUGGAAGAGAGGACACCGGUGUGAUGCCACCUGUUUCAGAAGACACAGAGUUGGUGCAGGAUGGGAAACUGAACCGGGCAGAUUGCUUGUGUCCCAUCUGCCUGGAGAUUUUCCUGGAGCCUGUCACACUGCCGUGCUCUCAUACGUUCUGUAAACCCUGCUUUCUGGAGACUGUGGACAAAGCCAAUAUAUGCUGUCCUCUCUGCCGAAAGCGUGUCUCUACAUGGGCAAGACUCAAUGGCAGGAACAAGACGUUAGUGAACGCAGAGCUGUGGAGACGAAUACAGGACACUUUCCCUACACAGUGCCAGCGCCGAUUAAGCGGCGUCGAUGAAGAGGAAGAUGUCAACAUGUUUAUAUCAAAGCCCAAGGUCAGUCUGCCAGGUGAACUCAGGCAAGAGUAUGAGGAGGAGGUUAACAAGUUUGUAGAAGAGAAGCGAGCUCUGGAGGAGGCAGAGAGGAGGGCCAGUGAGGAAUACAUCCAACGCCUGCUGGCUGAGGAAGAAGAUCGAGUGGAAGAGGAGAGGAGGAGACAGGAAGAGAGACAGCUGGAGGAUGACGAGAAAUUAGCAAGAUUGCUCAGUGAAGAAUUGAACUCAAAUCCAGUUUUGGAAACUCGGAAACACAUUAAAGUGAAUGAUGCCAAGAAAAAGAAAUCUGACAUGGGGCAUAUUGAGAGAUAUCUGUGCCAAGUGCCUUACACACCGCCACACCGUGAGACCACACAAUCCUCCACUCUUUUGGACAAUAAGGAGAACAUUCUGAGCCCUCCAACCUCUAUAGAUCCCUCCAGCAUUGAACUGCAUUGCUUGGACUCCAGUAGUAAACCUUCUACAUCAAGCUCAGACUCAGACACUUGUAAACAACUCUUCGACACUUCUUACAGAAGCACCGUUUAUUCCAAGAGGAAGAGUGUAGAUGGUGAACAGCCUGAACCUGGUGUCUGUAAGAAGCCCUGUAACUUCCCUCCUUCUCCUGUUGGUUCUGUUCUCCUGCAUGCUGAGCAGGAGGAGGAUUUGAGGAUUCGGAUGCUGCAGGAGGAGGAGGACAGAAGGCUGGCGCUUCGCCUGCAGAGGGAGCUGAACCGAGAGAUCGCUGUAGACCGCAGAAAAGGCUCUGCUAAUGGGUAUCUACUAAGAGAGAAAAGCAUCCCUUCGUCCAGCAAUAGUACAAGUCCAGAUGAGGAGAACAAGAUGGAGAAAGCCUGUAUUCCACAUUCCUCAGGACAAGAGGUAGAUGGACAUAAAGCGAAGAGAGUCAGCAACCAGGUUGAGUCGAAAACUUCUAGGAAAUGUGCGGUUUCCACCCAACUGUCUCCUUCUUCAGCAUCGUCAAUGCAGAAGAGCAGAAAGCAAGCUACCCUUACUGAAAUGUUCCCCAGCCUGGGCAGCUAAGCCAGCUCUCUAAACAUCUCAGUCCUAUAUUGCCUUUUCCUUACAUGUUUAUCAGCUUUGCACACCUCCUCCCAUAUUUAGACUUUUUUUUGGAGAACAGGUUGAAGGAUGAGGUAGAGCAUAAUACACAAAGAUUGCUUCAAUGUUAUCCUGAAACUUUAACCUUCAGUUAUGAAAGUUGACACAUUACGUGAUAAAACUGUUUAUUACUGCAAAAAAGAAUUUUGUUGCAUGUUUCUAUUUUUCUAAAGAUAGUUUGAGUUCAUUUAUUUUUAAGGAAUAAAAAUAGUUGUGAAAAUAUUUGGCCUUUUUCGUAUUAUGCUGAUGGAAAGGAAAGCAAUAAUUCCUUGCAGUCUAACUACAUUAUCUUUAAGAUAUUUCUCAUAUUCUUGACUCUGUAAGAAACAACGGCUUCACUUUACCACAUGACAUUCCUGUCAAAAUAAUUAUAUAUUACAAUUAAUAUAGAAAUUACACAAAAGAGGCUUUAGACGAAUCUGUCUGUUUCAUUUAUUGCAAAAAAAAAAAAUAAAUGUAAUGUUGAAGAAUGUAUCAGAUUCUGUAAUAAUGAACAGAUACUUGUAUAUUCCGAAGUUUCUUUCAAAGAACAAUAUUCCUAGAGAACACUGGUACCGUGGGAAAUAGUUUCCUUUCCAACGAAAUGCCUUAUUGUGACAAACAACCCUGCAUUAUAUCUUUUUCCCUGAGAAGACAUCUCAUGACAUCAUAUAUUAUAGUGUGUCACUUUCAGUAAUGGGCAAUAAAAUAUGUGACCAUUUAU